UGAGCAGAACAGGAGCCUAACCACCCCCCCCCCCAGCCUGGUGAGCAGAACAGGAGCCUAACCAUCCCCCCCCCCCAGCCUGGUGAGCAGAAUAGGAGCCUAACCACCCCCCCCCCCCAGCCUGGUGAGCAGAACAGGAGCCUAACCAUCCCCCCCCCCCCCAGCCUGGUGAGCAGAAUAGGAGCCCAGUUUAAGAACCUCCAUCCUCUGGUCACUCUGAUGGAGGUUUGUAGCCACAGCGGGACCCAGUGUUCUCUAGCUGCACCGUGUGGUCCAGAGCCAUUGUGCAUGGUGGGCCUGCAUCCCUCUCCUCCAUAUUUUAGUCCGUUCUUUGGUUUUGUCCUUUAGUGGGGGUGGGGUGCAGUAGCUGGCUGACCCGCGACAUGUCUUCCUCGUUCUUCAGUGCAGCCACUUCCUCCAGGAAUCUCCCCUGACUGCUGUUUGCCAUGCACAGUCCAAAGCUGGUCACAGCCCAUCACAUUAUUUUAUUGAAACCUCCUUUUAUUUGUGUGUCUCUCACUGAGCAGGCUGUCAAGCCUGGUUUAUCUUUGAAUUGCCAGAACUCACCCCAGCAUGUAGUAAAUGCUCAAUAAAUAUUCAAGUGGGUGACUAGGUCAGACGUUGAUUGUGCUUGUUCCUGGAAAUACAGAGGUUUCAGUUCUUGUGCUCAAGAACUCGUGGCCUUGAUAGAUGAGUCAGUGAAUAAUGGAACUAUAGUUAAAAACAAGUCACCUGUUCUGGAUGAUGUCAUGAGAGCCCUGCCAGAGAAGCUGGGGCUCUGACUGACUUGAUCUUAGAUGGUGACCCCAGAACAAUGAAGGAAAGACACUGCACUUCAUGCCAAACAGUAGGUCUUAGGCUGAAUCUUGCAGGGGCAUAUGGCCCAGGAGUUCUGCUCAGAGGCAACAAAUGCCACGUUCCUUGCUGUGCUCUUCCAUCAUGUUCUUUGCAGAGCCUGGAACGAUGUAUGUACCCAGUGAGUGUUGGCACCUUUCAGAGAUGGAGGACCUGUCUUGGAGAUCUCCAGAGAUAGGGCAAACAGGAAAUAUUAUAUUAUGAGGAACUGGCCAUGAAGUUACAGAGCUAAGAAGUCCCCAGAUUCACAGUCCACAAAUCAGAAGAGCCACUAGAAUUUAUUCUGAUCUGGGUCUGACUAUAGGAGACUAAUGUACCAGCUCAAGAUAGGCGAGGAAAGUAUCUCAUGGGACGCCCUGCCAGAUGAGCUGCUCUUAGGAAUUUUUUCCUUUCUUUGCCUCCCUGACCUCCUAAAAGUUUCCAGAGUUUGUAAGAGAUGGUAUCACCUAGCGUUUGACGAGUCUCUGUGGCAGACCUUAGACCUCACAGGUAAAAACCUUCACCCAGAUGUGACCAGCCGCCUGCUGGCUCGAGGGGUGGUUGCUUUCCGCUGCCCACGGUCAUUUAUGGACCAGCCGUUGCUGGAGCAUUUCAGCUCUUUUCGUGUGCAGCACAUGGAUCUGUCCAAUGCAGUGAUCAACCUGUCUGCCCUCCAAGGUAUCCUACGGCCAUGCUCCAAGCUGCAGAACCUGAGCCUGGAAGGUCUCCCAUUGUCUGAUCCCAUUGUCAGCGACCUUGCUCAGAACACCAGUUUAACCAAGCUGAACCUCUGUGGGUGUUCCGGAUUCUCUGAAUCGGCCCUGAAGACCUUGCUUAGCAGCUGUUGCAAGCUGGAUGAGCUGAAUCUCUCCUGGUGUUCUGACUUCACUGAGAAGCAUGUACAGGUGGCUGUGGCACAUGUGUCUGAGACCAUCACCCAACUAAAUCUUAGCGGCUACCGAAGGAAUCUGCAGAAAUCUGAUGUUUCUACUUUAAUUCGAAGAUGCCCCAAACUUGUCCACCUAGACUUAAGUGACAGUGUCCUGCUAAAAAAUGACUGUUUUGAAGAAUUUUUCCACCUUAACUACCUCCAACACCUGUCACUCAGUCGGUGCUAUGAUAUAAUACCUGAAACUUUACUUGAACUUGGAGAAAUCCCUACGCUGAAAACACUACAGGUUUUUGGAAUUGUGCCAGAUGCUACCCUUGAGCUGCUAAAGGAAGCCCUUCCUCAGAUUCAGAUUAAUGGUUCCCAUUUCAGUGCCAUUGCGAGGCCAACCACUGGCAGCAAGACAUACCAGGAGAUAUGGGGCAUCAAGUGCCGACUGACCCUUGACAAGCCCAGUUGUCUGUGAAGUGUUGAUUGAAGAGUAGUGUCUCUUUUCUUUGGACAAGGGAAGCAGGUGGGAAGCUCAGUUGCCAGAGCACUAAGCUACUUUGUUCUUGUACAGUAGAGAACUAUUUGAGGAGACUAUGAAGUAUUGCUUUUCAACACGACUAUUAAGAGCUGUUGCUGCCAUACCCUGAAAAGCCCAAGUUGAAAGUCUUAGGGAAUUUUAGGAGAGCAAGCCUGUAUCAUUUCAAGAUUUCUUAAAAAGCAAACUGAGCCAGCUCUUCAAGUGCCCUUCCAAAUCCAUUUAUAAUCAAGAUUACAAAUCACCACCAGGAAAUCAUUUCACAACCUAUAGAUAAGUAACAACUUUCUUCUAUUUAAUUUUUCUGUAUUGCUGUGUGUGACAUUGAUAGAAGGUAGACAUAGAAGAGUAAAGUAUUUGUAUUGUGAGAUGAAUAGGAAAAAAAAAAGCAGUAGUAUUUGAAGAAAAGUCCUGGAGGUAGAAAAAUAUUCAUUUCAUCUUUGCUUUAAGAUUUGAAAUUAGAUGAAUGAAGACAUAGGAGACAUACAGCCCCAUAACACCUGAAUAAAAGCCAACCAGGGAUAUAGAAUUGAAAAGCUCAAGGGGAGUUUUUUACAGAUUAAUGUGGAAUGUCUUCUCAUUGAUGACAUAUCCUUUUAGUGUACUGUAUUCUGGAAUAAAAUUGUUAUUUGAACUUUA